CUGCAUCUGGGAAGUGUCAGUCCAGCACUUUGGCAGUGAUUUUUAUUAUAAACGACAAACGAUCCCCACAUGAGUCUCAAGAUCUGUCUACUCCAUCACAGUUGAUAUCGCCGGCAACCUCAGAAUCCCGAUCCCGAAAUGUCGAUUAGAGAUGCUUUUCUCUGCUUACUGAUUGCAACAUCUUCGAUCUCAGCUGCUUGGGCUGAUUUAAUUUAUGGUUGUGGUGGCUUCGUCCAGGCGAGCUCAUCCCUAAUUAAGUCAAGGAAGCCGACUGAUGCCAAGUUGGAUUAUUCCCAUAUCACGGUUGAGCUUCUCACGGUUGAUGGGCUAGUAAAGGACAGAACGCAAUGUGCUCCAAAUGGAUACUAUUUUAUUCCAGUAUAUGACAAGGGUUCUUUUGUAGUUAAAAUUAAUGGACCUGAAGGAUGGUCAUGGGAUCCAGAAAAGGUCCCUGUUGUGGUUGAUGACAAUGGAUGCAAUGGAAAUGAAGAUAUAAAUUUUCGUUUCACAGGGUUUACUAUAUCUGGUAGAGUUGUGGGGGCUGUCGGCAGAGAAAGCUGUUCAGUUAAAAAUGGUGGUCCUUCAAAUGUGGAGGUUGCGUUAUUAUCCCCUGCUGGUGAUCUUUUCUCUUCUGUCUUAACUUCAUCAUCAGGGAGUUACUUGUUCACAAAUAUCUUUCCAGGGAGAUAUGAACUCCGCGCAUCACAUCCUGAGUUGAAAGUCGAUGUUAAAGGUUCAACACAGGUGGAAUUAGGCUUUGGAAAUGGGAUAGUGGAUGAUGUUUUCUUUGUCCCUGGAUACAGCAUCAAUGGCCAUGUGGUUGCACAGGGAAAUCCAAUAUUAGGAGUCCACAUUUACUUAUAUUCAGAUGACGUCUCUGAGGUAGAGUGUUUGCAAGGUCCUGGUAGUGGCCCUAGGGAAGGUGUUGCUCUAUGUCAUGCCGUAUCAGACGCUGGUGGAAGGUUCACAUUCAAUUCAAUACCUUGUGGAAGCUAUGAACUCGUGCCUUACUACAAGGGUGAAAAUACAGUUUUUGAUGUUUCACCUUCCAGUGUCUCUGUUAAUGUUAAGCAUCAACAUGUAACUGUUCCUCAAAAAUUUCAGGUCACUGGAUUCUCCAUAGGAGGUCGUGUAGUUGAUGGGAAUGAGAUAGGAGUGGAGGGUGUUAAAAUUAUAGUGGAUGGUCGUGAAAGGUUCAUUACUGAUAAACAUGGAUAUUAUAAGCUUGAUCGGGUUACAUCCAAGCACUAUACCAUAGAGGCCAAAAAGGAACACUACAAGUUCAAGAAGUUAGAGAAUUAUAUGGUAUUGCCAAAUAUGGCUUCAAUUGAGGAAAUCAAUGCCAUUUCAUAUGAUCUAUGUGGUGUGGUCAGAACGGUUAGUGGUGGCCUUAAAGCAAAGGUGGCUCUGACUCAUGGACCUGAGAAUGUGAAACCACAAAAAAAGCAUAUAGAUGCUAAUGGGAAGUUUUGCUUUGAAGUUUUACCUGGUGAAUAUCGCUUGUCAGCUAUUGCUGCUACUCCUGAGAGUGUUCCUGGACUCAUGUUUUUGCCAUCUUACAUUGACGUUGUUGUCAAAAGUCCAUUGUUGGAUAUUGAGUUUUCACAGGCUCUAGUCAACAUUCAUGGUGCCGUAGUCUGCAGAGACAAAUGUGGUCCAUCUGUAUCCGUUUCUCUUGUGAGACAUUUCAGUAAACAUAAUGAAGAGAGGAAGACAAUUGGUUUGACCAAUGAGAGUAAUGAAUUUCAUUUUCCAGACGUUGUUCCUGGAAAGUACAGGCUCGAGGUAAAACAUGAGUCAUCAAAAUCAGCAACCACGGAAGAUAAUUGGUGCUGGGAGCAGAGAUUCAUUGAUGUAGAUGUUGGAGCUGAGGAUUUAAAAGGAGUUUUAUUUGUCCAAAAAGGCUACUGGGUCAAUAUUAUUUCCACCCAUGAUGUUGAUAGUUACAUGACUCAACCUGAUGGCUCAAACCUGAAUUUGAAGAUUCAGAAAGGUUCCCAGCAAAUAUGUGCAGAAUAUGCUGGAGUGCACGAAUUGCAUUUUAAAAACUCGUGUAUCUUCUUUGGGAGCUCAGCUGUGAAAAUUGAUACGUCUAAUUUAUUGCCCGUCUAUCUGAAAGGAGAAAAGUACCUUCUCAAAGGACAGAUAAAUGUUGAGUCCAGCUCCCUAAAUGAAUUGCCUGAGAAUAUGAUUGUGGAUAUCCAAAAUGGUGGAGCUAGUGUAAUUGAUGCUGCCAAGGCCAUACUUUCAUCCGAUGGGAAAGAUGAAACAAGUACUGCUAUCUAUGAGUAUUCUGUAUGGGCUAAUCCUGGAGAAAAGCUUACCUUUAUUCCUCGGGACCCAAGGAAUGAUGGGGAGAAGAAGAUAUUAUUUUAUCCUAGAGAAUAUCAUGUCUUAGUGACAGAUAGCAGUUGUCAAGCCCCUGUUCCUACAUUUUUGGGUCGACUGGGUUUAUAUAUUGAAGGAUCAGUUUCACCUCCUCUUUCUGGUGUUCAUAUUAGGAUUCUUGCUGCUGGUGAUAGCCGCAUCACUGGCUUUAAAAGUGGUAAAUCAGUACUUGAAACUAUCACUGCUGCUGAUGGCUCCUUUGUAGCAGGUCCUUUAUAUGAUGAUGUUACUUACAAUGUCGAGGCUUCAAAGCCUGGUUAUUAUUUAAAACAGGUUGGGCCUCAUUCUUUCAGCUGUCAGAAGCUUAGUCAAAUUUCAGUACGUUUACAUCACAAAGAUGAUGCUAAAGAACCCAUUCCUUCUGUGCUGUUAUCCUUGAGCGGUGAUAAUGGUUACAGAAACAACUCAGUAUCUGGGACCAGUGGAACUUUCCUGUUUGAUAAUUUGUUUCCUGGGAUGUUCUAUUUGCGUCCUGUUUUAAAGGAGUUUGCUUUCUCACCUCAAGCACAAUCAAUAGAGCUUGGAGCUGGAGAAUCUAGGGAAGUCAUUUUCCAAGCCACCCGUGUAGCUUACAGUGCUACAGGUAGAGUUACUCUGUUAUCUGGCCAACCAAAAGGAGGGAUUCCUGUAGAAGCACGGUCAGUGUCAAAAGGUUAUUUUGAAGAAACAGUGGCAGAUUCCUCUGGAAAUUAUCGUCUGAGAGGGCUGUUGCCUGAUACUACCUAUGUUAUUAAAGUAGCUAAAAGAGAUGGUGUGAGGAGUUCUCGCAUAGAGCGUGCUUCUCCUGACUCCAUUUCUGUCAAGGUUGGAACUGAGGAUAUGAAGGGUUUGGAUUUUAUAGUUUUUGAGGAGCCAGAAAUGACGAUUAUGAGUUGUCACGUUGAAGGAAGCAGUACGGAGGAACAGAGGAAACACCUAAUAGUGGAAAUCAAGUCAGCUAGUGACGCAGCCAAGAUAGAGUCUGUCUUCCCCUUGCCAAUUUCCAACUUCUUCCAGGUGAAGGACUUGCCUAAGGGAAGAUACCUUCUGCGGCUUCGUUCUGGUCUUCCUCCAGGCUCCCACAAAUUUAAAUCGGAUAGCAUUGAAGUUGACUUGGAGAAAAAAGCCCAAAUCCAUGUGGGCCCACUGGGAUACAGGUUUGAAGAAGAUCAGCUGAAGCAGGAAUUGACCCCUGCACCGGUAUUUCCUCUCAUAGUUGGAGUGCUAGUUAUUAUACUAUUUGUUAGUAUGCCGAGACUGAAGGAUUUGUAUCAAGCCACGAUAGACAUGCCCAUGCCCACAGGAGGACCUGCUGCGACUUCGAAAAGGGAAGUGCGGAAGCCAGUGUCGCGAAAGAAGACAUACUAAAACUUUUUCCAUCUCAUAAAACUUUCUCAUUUUGUUUACGUUUCAAAAUAAGAAAAAUCAAUGGAAAAAGUACAGUUAGGAUCGGGGGAAAAAAGAUGAAGUUGGCCAUAUGCUCAAUUCAGCUUAAAGUUGCCCUCCCAAAAAAAAAAAUCUUGUUAGUUUGACAGCGUUUAUUUUCCCUUCUAGGAUUUCCCUUUUAUGCUAAAGGAUGAUUGUACUAAUUAAAGAUUUAUCAAUUUUUCGUGGCCGUUCCCGUGAAA